CCUCCAUUAAACGUGUAAUAUACGUUUGCAUCGCAUCAAAGCAGUAUUUUCCCGUUCGAUAGACUUUUGUUGCGUAGCAGAGAGAGAUUUUACUUCCGGUUCGCCUUUUGCGGUCCUCUUUCCUGCCUCCAGUUCAAGAUGACUAAGAAGAGAAGGAACAACGGACGUGCAAAGAAGGGCCGUGGCCAUGUCCAGCCCAUCCGCUGCACCAACUGUGCCCGCUGUGUUCCCAAGGACAAGGCCAUCAAGAAGUUUGUCAUCAGGAACAUUGUGGAGGCGGCCGCUGUGAGGGACAUCUCAGAAGCCAGCGUGUUUGACUCAUAUGUAUUGCCCAAGCUGUACGUGAAGCUGCAUUACUGUGUUAGCUGUGCCAUCCACAGCAAGGUGGUGAGAAACAGAUCCCGGGAGGCCCGCAAGGACCGAACACCACCUCCCCGCUUCAGGCCUAGUGGUGCUGCACCCAGAGCUCCUCCAAAGCCCAUGUGAAGCAAAUCAGCUGAUCAUUUUUAUGCAGAAAAAUAAAAAAUAUUCAAAAACA